CAAGGGCAAGUUUCUCGUGGAGCAGCGUCCCGCAGAAGCUGAGCCCAGGGUCACCCCGCGAGAGGAAGUCGGGCGCUUCCGCGGCACUAGAGCCAGCGUGAGGCCGCAAGUUCCGCGGGAAGCUGAGCCGCACCGCCCGACCCCGCUCCCCAGCCCGCCCCCCGCGGGCAGCCCGGCCCCUGCGGCCGCCCGCGGCCAUGUGCGCGGGGGUGGAGCUGCGCUACCGGCCGGAGGAAGCCGCAGAGAGCGGCGGCCCGCGGGGAUGCUGCGCUUCAGCUCAGGGCUCACGGUCACCGCCACCACUCCCCGGAGGUCGGCCGGCGACAGCGGCCGCGCCCGGCGGAAGAUGAAUGUCUGCAGGUUACGCUUAACAGUACCACCUGAUGAAGGCUCACAGCCUGAACAGGGAGCAAAGGAACCUGAAAGAAACAAAAAUGAACUCUACCACAUACCAAAUGGUAUGGCUCCAGGGAAACUCUCCCAUGGGAUGGUGUAUGGCGUUGUGCACCGAACUGACAACAACCAUAAGAAAGAAAUGGUGGUUUAUGGCUGGUCAGCUGAUCAACUGAAAGAGGAAAUGAAUUACAUUAAGGAAGUGAGAGCAACUCUAGAAAAAGUAAGAAAGAAAAUGUAUGGUGAAUAUGAUGAAAUGAAAAGAAAAAUACAUCAACUUACAAAUGAACUGAAAGUGACAAAUGCUCAUCAGGAAUCCUUAGAGAAUCAUGUGCGAGUGCAGGCUGCAGCCUUAGAUAGCUUUAGUGAAAUGAACAGCUCCUUGACAUCAGCAUCAAUAGACUUGCAGAAAACUCUAGUGGAUGUUACGUUGGAGAACACUGAUAUAAGAGAACAAAUAAGGAAUUUAAAACAUACACAUGAGCAAUCUAUGGAAAAGCUGAGAGAGAAGCAAAAGCAACUGGAAACAGCACAAAUUGAAAAUCAGUUAUUGAAAUUAAAGGUGGAAUCAUCACAGGAAGCCAAUGCUGAAGUUAUGAGAGAGAUGACAAGAAAACUUUAUAGUCAGUAUGAGGAAAAAAUGCAAGAAGAAGAGCGAAAACACAAAGCUGAGAAAGAAAUUCUUCUAGAAGAAACUAAUCGGCUUCUGAAGGCUAUUGAAGAGGCAAAUAGGAAGAUGCAGAUUACGGAAACAAGUAUUCAGGAAAAAGACCAGAGAAUUGGUGAGCUGGACAGGCUGAUUGAACGCAUGGAACAGGAACGUCAUCAGCUGCAAAAGCAACUUGAACUAAAUGAAAUACAAAUAUCUGGAGCAAAAUCUGAAAACAGCUCUGACAGUGAGAGGUCACAGCAUUUGGAGGAAGUAGCUGCUAGUCUAAGAGAGCGAAUCAAACAUCUGGAUGAUAUGGUCCACUGCCAACAGAAAAAAGUCAAGCACAUGGUUGAGGAGAUCGAAAUGCUAAGGAAGAAAGUCAAAGAAAAGGAAUUAUUUAUAGUACAGCUUUUAGAAAAAAUCUCUUUCUUAGAAUGUGAGAAUAAAGAAUUACAGGAUAAAUUGGACUACUUAAUGGAAAACCAACCAAAGACCAAUGUAGAAACCAGAGACACUGGUGUAGAAUGUGAUCUUCCAUACAGGAAAUUCAUUUCUAGGCUUCCAGAUAAGGGUAAGAAGAUCUCUGAUUUCGCUGAAAAGCUGACAUUUGCCAUUUUACAAGAGGAAGAAUUAGCCAGGACAGCUGAACUCUUAUCUGCUGUCAGGUUGGAGUUUCAGGUGAAGCAGGAGGAGAUUAACACAAGUAAACGGCAAGUUAUCCUAACUGAGGACACACUAAGCCAUGAAGAUUCCUCACUCUUUAACAAAACCAAAACUGUUAAUAAAGUUUCUGAGAUUUCUUCCCAAAGGCAAGAUGCAGAACAUUCUCAGCUAGGUGCCUCGAUUACAGUUCUGGACAAUGAAAGGACCCAGAAGAAAAAUGACGAAGUGAAGACUGUUACAAAAGAUCAGACUCUUUCUUGUGAAGUCACUUCCAAGUCAGCCACAAACAGUCAUCUCAGGAAUGAUCAGCAGGUAUCUCAGAGUAAUGCAGAGGAUGGUACAGAAAGUACAGGUGCUUUGGACAACAAUAAAGAUGCGUUGGUUGAUGCCUUUCAAAAAGUUACAAUUGUAGAUGGGGAUCAUAGUGGAAAAGUAUUGGAAAAAGAGCAGAACGUGGCCACAUGUAAGGGCAAUGUCUUUGGAAGCCUGCACCCCAAGACACCACAUUACAUUGAAGUUCUAGAGUCUAGAGCCAAGAACCCGGUCAUAAAAAAAAACAAAUUUAAAACAAAUGUAUUAUCAGGAGAGCAAAGUGGAUCAUCACAUGGUUCCUCAUCUAGUCAGUCACCUGGGGGACGUGGCUCUACAUUUAAUGAAGAAAGGAGACUUAGAGAUAAGAAACAUUUGAAUGACAUCACAGCAGCUCGGCUGCCACCACUUCACCAUUCCCCUGCUAAGCUGUUAUCCAUAGAGGAAUCCAUAGCAAUUCAGAUACAGCAAAAAGAAGCUUAUGAGGAAAUGCAAGCCAAGCUUGCAGCACAAAAGCUUGCAGAGAGACUGAACAUAAAAAUGCUUAAGUUUGAACCAGAGGGGGAAGCCUCGAUGCAGUACAGAGAAGUGAGAGAUGAAGAUUAUUUUUCAGCAGAAGACUGAAUUGAAGAAGAGAUGUGUGAGGAUGAGCCAUGUAACUGAUCUUUGUGCAGUACUUUUUAAAAAACAAAUCUGAAUAUUGAGAGUGCUUGAUCUAGUAAUUUUUCUUAUUACAGCUCUAGGAAGGGUUCAGUGUAAACAUCAUAAAGAUAAGUGUUAUUAUGUGCUAACACGGGUGUUAGUUGGAGACUGCUUUUUGAGCACGUGGGGUGGUUCAUUAAUCUUUAUGGAAUGCCACUUGGUUUUCAGCUGCAGCUACUUGCAGGCUGAUGAUGAAUCAUCUACAAAAUAAAUUUUUUUCUGGACAGAAAUAGAUUACAAAGGGUAUUGGCACAAAUGUCCGUAGAGUAAGCUGAGCUGCCUGUGAACUGCUUGAUGUGCAAACACUGUUGUGCAUAAACAUGAGAUGAUACUUUUGUGCAUUGAAGAUUACCUUUCUUUGACUGUUUGGUGAAAAUACAUGCCCUAACAGUGACAGUAAAUAUGGGAUAUUUAGGCUGCAAGUUAGCUUCUUACCACACAUGGGAACUUGCUCCUGUGCCUGCACCUUAAAAUAACACUUUCUGCCUUUCUGUUGUGAACAGGCACGAAUUUCAAGUUACUUUGUAACUCAGGUUCUGUUUGGGCUUUAAGAUACUGUUUUAUUUUUGGUUAUUGCUGCAAAAUACAUCAAGAGAUAAACUUAUUUGAAGGUGUUAAUAUUUUUAUUAAAGAUUUUGGUGGUUUUCCAUAUUUUUGUACACUGUUUAAUACUUUGAAAUACUAUUUUUCAUAGUAUGAUACUGUAAAUAAGAGAUCCACCCUUGCAUUUUCUUGGAGAAAAUGUUCUCUCUAUAUAUUGAAGUUUAAGCUGUUAUUUUAAGAUAAAGUAUUUAUUACAAUAUUUUUUCUGCCUUUUAAUAUGAAUUUUGAAAGAUAAGGAACACACCUGGAAAGUAUGAGACAAUGAUAUUUCACUGUUGACUAGGAGAUGGCAACACCUGUUUUGGAGGCACUACAGCAGCAGUGUGUGCAGGGCUGCCUCUACAUGUGUACAUACAUGUUUCUGAAGGAAUGGUGUCUCUGGAAACUAAAGGUGGUCCAGGUGUGAGUUGCUAGAAAUGUUUUAUGAUAUCAUCUAGAAAUUGAGGGUGAAAGUCUGCCACUUGCCGAGUGCAUACAGCACUGCACUAGCAGGCAGUAACUCUUACAAAUGCUCCACAAGCUCUCCCAGGCAGUCCCAGUGUCACAGCCUAUACCCUGGCAAUGCAGAUGGGUGGAACUUUUGCUAAGCUAAUGUGAUCUUCUUUGACUAAGUCAUCUGUCAUGCCUCUUUUCUGUGCCUUUUUGUUUUAUGGGUUUCUCAUUGUUCAUUGGCUUCUUAUCAGCUGCCUGCUCUUCCCUUUCUGCAUGUCUUUGUCAUGGCUUUGUGGCUCUGUCACAGCUGUCCUCCUGCUGAGGCUUUCCUUGUUUCAGACUGUGCAGGUGUUUUCCAUUUCCAGGCCUUACACCUUUUCCUUAAUGCUUUUUCCUGGUUGGGUUUUGUCUUUUAUUUCUGUGGUUCUGCUUUAUCCUUGCAGCUGCUCACCACCGCUUGUCUUCAUCAGUGCUGGUUUUGGCACAUUUCCAGUCAUUCACAUUUGUCCCUCAGCAUCUGUGUUGAUGACCUAUCUUAUUCUCAGUUGUAUGUAUUUCUGCCUUCAACAUGUGAUUCUGACUCUACAGGAAUACCCUUCCCAUGUGGCUGCAGUUCAUCACUGCAGGUCACUAUUUUCCAUACUACCACCUGCUCAUCUUAGUGGAUCUUGUUAUCUGUCCUAGCAUUAUUUCAAUCUGUUGUACUGCUUAAAGACAAGAGGCCACAGAAAUGUACUGGCUUUCCCUUUGCCACUGCAUGAAGCUUCCAGGCCUGUUUGCAUUUCUCCACCUUGUCUCUGCUGGCUGUGCUGUUGCCUUUUAAGUUACCUGGUGUGUUUUUUCCAUUAUGUUUUUUCUUUGCAGUUCAGAAGCUUGCAAAAGAGAAUAAGAGGAUGAAUCAUGGAAUGGUUUAGUCAUACCGAAUUAAAUUGCUGACCAACUAUGAUACUGUUGUUGGUGUUUCACCAUUUCCAGUUCCAGAACAUUUCGAAACACACAUUAAGAUUUGAGGAGCUUACUCUUCUUUUUUUUUUUUCUUAAUGGACUGUUUUAUUGGAGUGGGCUUUUAACCCAUUAGAACAUAAAGAAUUGAUAACAUGCUUCUGAAAUUCCUCAUGUGAGUAAUGUUUUGUUUUGACCAAUAAAGUUUGGGGGAAAACAGAACCUUUUUACUUCAGUGCUCUGGAAGGAAAACACUGGAGGUGGUGUUAGGAAACAGUUGCUGUAUAGGGAAAGAAAACUUUUGGGAAUUCAAGUGGAUGAGAACAGAUCUGUAAGACCUAAAGCUGGGCAGUUGUGCAGGUCUGAAAGAUUGUACAGAGACAAAGCUUGAAUGGUGUGCUGCAGAUCUGAAAGAUCUAGGAUGAGGCAGAUAUCCGUGCAGCAGCAACUGUAGUCCCUUGGUUUUUGCAUUGUUAGAGGAAUACCUGAUUCACAGACUGCACAGGAGAAAAGCACUGUGGUAAGAGUUUCUGUCCACAGCUGUAGCCUUUCCUGAGCAGAGAACAUGAAAUCUGGUUUGCCAGUUGUAGUGAUAACAUCAUCUAGGGGAUUUAGCAGCCUAAAAAUUUAAGUAUUUGGGAAAUAACAUUUAAUAGAAGACCUGAAUGCUGCUGUAUUGAAUUAAUUUGGGGGGCUAGAAGAGUAACUAAGGAUAGAAAAGAGGCACAAACUCUCCUUGUUUUUCAGAGGUAGAUCUAGCUGACAGGUCACCAUUUUUGUUAGUAGUUUCCCUUCUGAUGGCUUGUGGACUGCUGCUGUUCUAAAGGGCCAGGCAAUCAUAAAAAAAAAGUAACUGCAAGUUCCUGUGUGAAGGAAAUGGGUCCUGCAAACUAAGAAUUUGGAAAUCAUGUCUCUGUGCUGUGGAAUUUCUGAACUCACCACAGGGAUGCAGUAUCGGGAGUCAGGGAAAAUAACAUCCAUGUGCUACAGACUGAUGAAUUGAAACUUGAGUGGGAAGCUGUGGUAAAAGCUUAAAUGCUUCUUGAGCAGCCCUGGACAGUAGUUUGGUGGUUUCCGUAUGGAACUCUUGGAGAUCUGACUGGCUGGUUGCUUUGUGCAGCUCCAUUGCAGAGCCAGUUUCCUACAUUCAGGAAGCUGACUGUCACUCAUUUGUGAGUUAGCAUUUUUUCACUGUGAGGGUGACAGAAUGCUGGAACAGGCUGCCCAGGAGGGUUGUGGAGUGUCCCUCUCUGGAGAUACUCAAAACCUGCCUGGAUGCAUUCCUCUGUGAUCUGAUACAGGUGAUCCUGCUGUGGCAGGUGGGUUGGACUGGAAGAUCUUUCAAGGUCCCUUCCAGCCCCUGACAUUCUGUGAUUCUGUGUGUACUGUGUUGGGUUUUGCCCCUGAAAAUCACCUGUACUUGGGCCCCUGUUCAGAACCUUUUUUUGGCCUAAUUUGAGUGGCAUGUGACUCAUCUGCCUUCAGCAAGAAGUAUCCUUGGGCCAGAACUGCAAUUAAUUCGUAGCCAUUUAUAUCAAAUGAAUGGCAUAAAGGGGGCAGGGAAUGGGAGUGUGGUGUUGGAAGAAUAUGUGCCAUACCCCAGGGACUCUGUUAGAAAAAGUGGCUUUCUUCUACUUUGUCAGCCUUGCUUCUUUUUCAGAGCAGUAUCAAAAAGAAAGUGAGAUUUUUGCAUAAUCUCUUCUAAGGACAGAUUUUUUCAAGGAGUAAGUCUUGAUGAUGCGAUCUUGUUCCAGGGAGGUGCUAACUGACUUUUCUUGAGUUUGGGGUUCAUGUUUUGUUGCAACUUAGGGGGACAUGUGUGAAGAUCACCUGUGAGAUUUCCUGGUUUUCUGAUGUUUGUUUUUAGGUUGUGAACUCCCACAUUCUAGGAGGGAAAGGGAAGUAGAAAACACAGCUGUGUGAAAACACUUAUUUUGCUGUGGUUUGUUUUUUUUUCUUUUCCAGUAAGCUGAUAAUUGUUUUUAAUUCUCAUAUUUCUACAGCACUUUAUCACUGCUGACAUUGUGGUAGGCAAAUGUUAGCUGAUUGUAGUCCAAACACAUUGACUUUCCAUGGAUUAAGAGUGCCUAACUCUUAUUUUGCUCUUUUGCAAAUACUUUGUUUUUCCACAUGUAUACAAAGCUCUAGAGACAUUUAGUCAUUUUUUGUUUUUUAAGGCAACUGUUUUGAUAAUUUGAUUAUUACGAUUUUAUUAAAUUGGCCUUUGAUUUGGUGAAGCAUGAAAGCAUGUAGUGGAGUCAAAGCUUGAUUCUCUGGGUUUUGUUUAAUCUCUGCGUGCAAGGGAAUUUGUGAGCAACACUUGUGAAAUAGUUACUGAAUGUGAGGAGACAACACAAAGAAGCACAGUGAAGUGUGUAUGGAAAGCAAACUGACUUUCCACUUGCUUGAAUGUUCAAACGAGGCAUUUCACUUUUAGUCAUCCAAAGAUGAGUGCCCAUGUCCUCUAGCAGGAAGUGUAAGUGAGAUUUCUUGACAGGGAAAUCUGCAAGAAUUUGUACAAAGUGACACUCUCAUUGCUUUCCUUUGAGGUUUGUUAUUGGAGACCAUAAUUGUGUCAUGUGCGAAUUGGCACAUCUCCACUGAAGUCAGGGGGCAGAUACAUGGGGCUGUAUUGUUUAAUGAACAUUAUUUGUAUUCCCUCCCUCUAUCCACACAGCUGGUAUUAAUGUAGUUGCUUAUUAGAUCAAGGCAAUGAUGUAAUAUGGCAAAGAGUUGCAGUCCAAGGUUUUGCCUGGGCUCUGAAGCUGAGCACUUGAUAAAAGAUAUUUUGUGCAUUUAUGAAGAGGAAGUUCAGUUGUAAUAUUUCUGUUCACGUUUUUCUUAUGUUGUGUUUUGUUGGUUUUUUUCCUAAAAAUGUUUUAUCAGUUGUUACUUGACGUUAGUAACAAAUAUGUUUAGUUUACUCAGAGAUUAGCCAGACAGUGGUGGAAAUACUGUAGCCCUGAUUAUGACAGCAUGUGAUCCCCUGCAGCCAUCUCUGCAUCGAAGCUAUCAUCUGCACUAUGCUCCCAGUGCAUGCAGCUUGCAUGUAACCUGUGCUGUAGUGAGCACAAAUUCUGUGACAAAACUUGAGAUUUGGCAAGAAGCUGUGGGAUUUUAGUGCAAACACAGAAUCACAGCUCUAUCUGUAGGUGCAGUGAUAUAAUUUGUAGAAGAUAUCAGUGAGGGAGACCGACUCUCAGCCAGGCUGAAUGCUUAGCUUUAGGGUUUUGCCUAGAUACAGUAGUUAUGCUUUCCCAAACUGACAGUGUAGGGGUAGAAGUAAAUUACAUAAUCAAGAAGAUUUACAUUUCCAAGUCAUGUAGACCAUUAUUCCUCCAAGGUGUUCAUCUCACUGAUUGAUUAGAUUGAUUAGAACUAAAAUGGGUAACAUCCCUCACCAACUAACCGGUUGUUAGUACUCAGGUACUAACAUGAAGUAGCAUCAGCAGGAUAUUUUCCAGCCACCUUUUAUUACUUUCAUUUAUAUUGAAUUAGCAUUGGUUUUCUUCUGCUUUCUUACAGAUCUUUAAAAAUAAAUCUUCUGGUAUUUGCAAAAAACUAAUUUGGUUUGGGCAACUACUUGUAUUUGAAUGUAGGAAAUCUUCAGAGGCUGUUGCAAUAAGCUCUUUCUGUUUGAGUCACUGUUAUGAGUGGCCUGUGUUACCUCCUGGUUACUAUAAAAGUCUCGAUGUAAUUGUGGUUUCCAGAGUUACAGAGCCAUCAAUUCAAUUUCUAAUUAUGUGUGAAAUUACUUUGUCAUUGGCUUUCCUCCUCCUUUUUGCUGAAGGGAAAAAAAAAACAAACGAACAACACAGAUUCACAGAGUCUUUGUUAUAUGUAAUAUUUCAUUUACUGUGGCCCAAGUUGUUUCAUAUUGGUUAAAAGUUUUUAUUCCCUGAUUUCACAUGUGUUUCUCUGAGCUGCUGCUUUAAAUUGGCAUUGUGCUGAUUAUAGUACUGCCUAAAUGAUAGCUGAUGAUAAAUAUUAUCCUUGCACAGACAUUGGGCAUCAUCAUGUGUCAUGUCUGCAGACUGGUUUUUCGCCUGCACAGCAGAUUUUUGUGGCUGUGAGCCAGGAAUUUUAAUGAAAGAAAACAUCAAAGAUGCAGAAGAAAUGAGAAUAUUAGUCAAGGAAGAUACACAGUGAUGCUCUCUGAUAACCCCUGGUAAUUGACAUUAGAACUAUGUGGGAGCAACUUAAAUAAACAUCUGGACACUGAGUUUAGACAUUUCCAGUGACAAAACCCAGACAGAUCUUCUGGACUUGCAAUAAUAAAUAUUUCAGUGCAGUCCACAUGAAUCAACUUAGAAUUCUGUUUUCAAUUAUUCUAGUUUUAUAAAUAUAUCAAUGUUAAUUAUUCAGGGAUAGAGUUUCUUUUGAAGAUUAAGGAAUUUGAUGUUUGCUUCAUUCACAUAAAGUUCCAUUUUUUAUUUAUAUAAAAUGUACUUCUGUUUGCACAAAAACAAUAGUGCAAGCUUGCCAAGAGCUAUUAAAGCAGAAUGCAACUGAACUUUUCCUGGGGUGGAAGGACCUUUUCUAAAAACCCUGGCAGUGCACUGUAAUUCAUUCCAGCUAUAGUAACCACAUAAACUGUGCUGAAAAUAAAAUUAUAAAUAAACAUUUUUAAAUGUUA